GUGUUUGUGUGGGAGAGGGAAAAAAACAACAGCAAAAAUGUCAACAUUUAUUUACUAAAUAAAUUACUAUUCAACUAUUAACAAAAUUGUACAAGUGUAAAUGAAAAUUAAAAUUAAAUUUCGGAGUAAAUAUCUAAAAAUAAAAAUAUAAUUUAAUAAGCAGAAUAAUUAUACUCCAAAAUAUUAAAAAAACAAGAAUAAAAUAAAAUGGAUUUCCAAAAUCGUGCUGGUGGUAAAACUGGAGGUGGUGGUGUAGCAUCUUGGUCAGAAAGUAACAGAGAUCGUCGUGAGCGUCUUCGUCAAUUGGCCCUUGAAACAAUUGAUCUUAACAAGGAUCCAUAUUUUAUGAAAAAUCAUCUUGGUUCAUAUGAGUGUAAACUUUGUUUAACACUUCAUAAUAAUGAAGGUAGUUAUUUAGCUCAUACACAGGGUAAAAAACAUCAAGCAAAUUUAGCAAGAAGAGCUGCUAAAGAAGCUAAAGAAGCACCACAAACACUUGCACCAGAAAAACCUAGAGUUGAACCAAAAAAAUUUGUUAAAAUUGGUAGACCUGGUUAUCGUGUUACAAAACAAAGAGAUCCAGAAAGUGGACAACAAAGUUUAUUAUUUCAAGUUGAUUAUCCAGAAGUUGCUGAUAGUGCUGUACCACGUCAUCGUUUUAUGUCAGCAUAUGAACAAAGAGUUGAACCACCAGAUCGUAAAUGGCAAUAUUUAUUAUUUGCUGCUGAGCCAUAUGAAACAAUUGCAUUUAAAGUACCAAGUAGAGAAGUUGAAAAAGCUGAAGGUAAAUUUUGGACAUAUUGGAAUAGAGAUACUAAACAAUUUUUCUUACAAUUUGCAUUUAAAAAUGAAAAACCAUCAAUUGGAAAAGUACCACCACCACCAGUACCACUUAUAAGACCUGGACAUGGUAAUCAAAUGAUGGGAGUACCACCACCACCAAGACCACCAAUGUUUAAUCCAGUACCACCACCUCCAUCAAUUCUUGCUGGUGGUAUGCAUAUACCACCACCUCCACCACAUCAUAAUAUUUAAUUAUCAUCAAUUUAUUAUCAAUUUUUCAUAAUAAAUUUUAAUUAUUUAACAAAAAAA